CGUCAAGAACAAACUUACCAAAUUAUUAAAAUAAACCUUAAAUAUUUUGUAGUAACGAAUGAAAUUAAAAAACUCGCUUAAUAAAUAUGAAGUGCAUCAUAAUUAUCAAGUUUUAUAAUUUAAAAGUCAAUAAAAUAAAAAAUAUAAUUGUGAAUUUUAUGUAAUAAAAGUUUUAGUGAAAAAAUAAAACAAGAGGAGUAAAUUUCUGACACUUUCCAAGAAUGUUACUUUGAAAGUAAUUAAAAGAUAAGUAGUUAGUGUCCGUGGCUGUAAAACCUGAUGACAACAAGAAAACAAGGGAUGGUAAUUGUGAAUAAAUUGUAAAUGUCAAAAGUAAAAGAGGAAUGUCGAUUUGAAAUUUGAAAACAGUUAUCGGUGUGUCGUGUUUAACGUGACAUUUUUAUUCUUAUUCAUCAUUUAGUUAGUUUAGAUAAAUUAAAAUAUUUCUUUACUAACCAUUACAUUCUACUCAUUCACUCACUAUCGCUGAUGUUUAAUAUCAAAGGUGAAACCAUUGACUCAUUGUUAUCAUGAAUGUAUAAAAGCCUUUAUAAUAAAAUUCAUUUCAAAGUCAAUUAAUAAGUAUGAGAGGAACAAUUUUAGCGUCGACUUUUAUGGAGUAAAUUGAAUUUAGUUAUCUCGGAACAAAGUAAAAAUAUAAAAAAAGACCUAAAAGAUGACGCGAAUUAUUGAAAAAUCUUCCAGCGAAAUAAUAUUUCGAUCUCCACUACUUAAAUACUCAUUCGCAUGUCAUUUGACAGUUUAUAAAGUAGACUAUUAGCUGGAUUUGUAUUCACUGUAAUAAUGGUAUUUAAUAUUUACUCUUUGAUGUUUGGAUUGGUGCUAUCAGAUUUUAUUACACAAACAAGGGCGUUAGAUUAUGUUGACAUAGAAGACCGAGAGUACAGUAACAUUACUGAAGAAUCUUAUUUAUGGAGUGUUAAUGCCACGGAUAAUUGCACGAACCCUUUCUGUGUGAGCGAUCAGGACUAUCUCGAUUACCUGACGGAUCUUAUGACGACACCGAGUAUCUAUGACUGUAUUCUAAUAUUCAUGCACGUUACUGUCUUUGUUGGCGGAAUAUUGGGAAAUUUGCUGGUAUGCCUGGCCGUAUACAGAAAUCGAUCUAUGAGAACGGUCACCAAUUACUUCCUUGUGAACCUCGCGGUGGCGGAUCUUAUGGUGUUGAUAUUCUGUCUGCCCUCAACGGUUAUUUGGGAUGUUUCGGAGACCUGGUUAUUUGGUGAGAUCGCCUGUAAAAUAAUCCCCUAUUUGCAGACAGUUUCAGUAAGCGUGAGUAUUCUUACUCUCACUUUCAUAUCGAUCGAUCGUUGGAACGCUAUUUGUUUUCCGCUGGCUUUUAAAUCGACAACGAAACGCGCGAAAAAGUUUAUAUGCUUCGUUUGGAUAUUCUCAUUUAUUUUUGAUACACCCGAUAUAAUUUUACUGCAAGUUGCACCAACAGUAUUUAAAAUAGAAACUAUUUAUUUAACGCAAUGUAAAAGAUCGUGGAGCAUUAAUAGCGAAAGAAUUUUCAAUUUGGUUAUAUUUGUGUUCCUGUAUUUCGGACCACUGGUUUUUAUGACCUAUACAUAUUAUCAAAUAAUCUGUGUUUUACGAGGAAGUCGAAUUCCCGGAUAUAAAUUAUCCAGAAGAAAUAAUGAAAUUCCUUUGGACGCUGAAUUGUCAGCGUCGUUUGAAGACAAUCAUGAAGGACGAUUGGUGUCAAGACGAAAAGCUGCUAAAAUGCUAGUUGUAGUCGUUCUUGUUUUUGCGAUUUGUUAUGCGCCUGUUCAUUUGCUGAAUAUCCUCAGAUAUUCAGUGACUUUAUCAUCGAAUAAUAUCACAAGAGCAUUCAGUCUAUUAGCUCACUGGCUAUGCUAUUUGAACAGCGCAAUUAAUCCUGUCAUUUAUAAUUUUAUGAGUGGUAAAUUCCGUAAAGAAUUUAGACGAUCAUUCAUAUGCUCACGACCGAUUUCCGCAGAGUGUGGAACACAAAAAAAUGGGAUUAUGCAAAUAGCUGAUCGUUCGCAGAUGCCAACCACAGACUCAAAUCAGUCAGAUAAUAAUUGUGUCAAAAGUCAAAAAAGCGUUGAAGUUAUUCCUCUCAAGAGUAUGUCCAACGAGCAAUAAAAUUCUACUUUAAACAAAUAGAACAAUACAAAUUUAUGAGGCAUGAAAUUGUUUGUUUCAUGGUACUUGAGAUUAAGUACGUCUGUAAAUUAAUGUAAAUAAAUUUAUGUAUUAUUUAUAAAAAAUAUAUGUGUAUAAUGUUACUCAAUAAAGUAAAUAUCUAUCGUA